UCAGUCAAUAGCGGAAGUGAAGGUCGAUUAUAACGGAUCGGUGCGAUAAUAUCGCAUUUUAAUAACUUAUAAAAGAUUAAUUUGAUAUUCAACGGCCUUUAUUUACAUCAAAGACAGACGGAUACGAUUAAAUGACUUGGUAGCGGGUAUAAAACGCUGUUUUAAAGAUUAAAGCAUGCAGAGUACAGCUUCUUCUCCUCAUGAGACCCCACAGGCGAGCGGAGAUCGGGCUGAACUGACCCAGCUGCCUACAAAGGAUCCCUCGUCAGUGAACAUCACCUCUGAGCUGGUCAGCCCCAAAGCGCUGAACUUUGACCUGUUGAACAUGGUGAUCUCCUUCAAGCGAUUGGCGAUCUACCUGGAGCCCGUCUCAGACACGGUGGAGGUGCUACGCUAUCUGCUCGGAUGGAAGAUGCCGCUGUGUUCUCUGUUGAGUUGUGUCCUGCUCAACAUCCUUUUCCUCACGCUGAGCGAAGGCAUGUGGUUCUCUCUGCUCCUGCUGGGGCUCUUGAGUCCGGCUGUGCUGGGUUACCUUGGCGACCAUUGCCAGGGUGUCGCCAGCGAGAUGACAGUACAGAAGAAGAAGCACUAUGCAGUCCAGCGGCGAGACCUGCAGACGAUACACAUGAGCAAACAGGAAGCCCUUCUGGAGGUCAAGGGCAUGCUGAAAUGCAUAGAUGACCUCUUGACCCAAGCGUGUUUGUAUGCAGAGUCUGUGUAUAAGGUUUUAUACUGGGAGAGUCACGCAGUGUCUUCCAUGUUUUACGGUUCUCUCCUGAUUGCAGUGUGUUUACUGUACACGGCUCCUGUGGGUUUGAGUCUGUCUGUGCUCAACAGCGCCCUCUUCCUGUGGAACAAAGACUUCUGCAGAGUUCUUUUGGAGUUAAAGGAGUUUGUUCACCCGAGUCGAGUCCAGCCUGCAGAGGAAACUGAACUGAGUGACCAGGAUCAGGGGAACCUGCAGGACCGCACCCCCACCCCGACCAGUGUGGAGGAUCUGUCGCCUGGCAACAUUGAAGAGGCAGAAGAGGCGGAGCCUGACGACGAGUUUAAAGACGCCAUAGAGGUGUGGCCUAUAGCCUAUUUGCUACCAAAGAUUCAGUGGAGACGGAGAGUCCGUAAGGAUGAUGACGAAGUGUCUGCUGGUGUUCCCGAGUUUGACACCGUCUCUGAUAACGGACUGUUGAGUCGAAACGAGCCCAUCCGCAGUAAAGUGUCCAAACUCACCGAGAAACUACGCAAGCGGGUUCCUUCCAACUCCACCGGAAACUGUUUCCAGUGCAAUUCAGCAUUUUCUGUUUUAAAGAAAAGGAGAAACUGCAGUAACUGUGGCGUCAGUUUCUGUUCCCGCUGUUGCUCUUAUAAAGUGUUCCGGUCCACUAUGGGAGCCACAGCACCUGAGGCCCAGAGAGAGACUGUGUUUGUGUGUGCUACGUGUAAUAUAUUUCUCAGCAGCAAGUAGGACCUCAUCCCAAAAUUGUCCUGUACCAUUACAACUCUGUUAAAGCACCUCAGAAGCACCUCUUGGUGGGCCGCAAGAGGGUCUUGCUUAAUGACCCUAAACAGGCCUCCCUGUUGUUACUUUUCUUUUGGAGAUGUCCAACAUAUAACGCUUACCAAAUCUGGACUUUAUCCGUUUGACCUGUUACUGCCAUCAUGUCAUUAACCCUUAUUAUGACAUCACUUCCUAGAUUCAGAGCCCUUGAUGAGAUAUCAGGUUAAUAUCAAGGGGCGCCGCUGGUCAUUCAAUGCACCGGAUGGCAAACCCAGUGGAUCUAAGCAUUAUAAAUGGCUCCUGCUAGCGGCUUGCUUAAACCCAUGAUUGUUUCAAAGUUUAUUAUAUUGUCGCUUUUAUUUAUUGGUGAAAUUAUGUCUGAAAAUGGUUAACCUGAUGCGUCACUAUGCUGCCGUAACGAUGAGUUUUCCUUCUCACAUCAUGUGUGUCAGUGUUAAUUGAAUUAAUGAGGUACAGCUCAUGUUUGUGUCAUUCUUGGAUUUGUUGAUCUCUUUGUCUAUAAGCCGAAGCUGAAUGUAAAAUCACCGGUUAUAGAGCUGUGUAUGUAUAUUGUAACUCAUGCUACUGUACUCUACUAUGCAUUUGUAAUUUGUUGGGUUUUAUUCCACAGUACAACACUUGCUUUGUUAUGCUGGUUAAACUUACUGUAAUAAACCU